UUAUCUUCCCAAAUCCUCCACACUCACUCCUCUUGCUGUAUAUUGAUGGAAUCCGCUUGGGUGAAUACGACGCUGGAUCUCAGCAUUAACCCCUUUUCUCAUACCAACAAAGCUCCGAAGAGAGAAGCUGAUGGGAAAAUGGCCGAAUUUGAUGGGAAAUCCCCAGUCAAACAAGAGACUGGGAUUUUGGUUGAGGAAUUGAACCGGGUUAGCGCCGAGAACAAGAGGCUAACCGAGAUGCUAACGGCUUUAUGCGAGCACUACACGAUUUUGCAAAAACAAUACAAGGAACUGGUGAGUAAGAACAUUGAAACUGAAUCUUCAAAGAAGAGGAAAGCCGACUGUGAAGAUUACAGUACCGCCAUGAUUGGCUUCACUGCCAACGCCGACAGCAGCUGUAGUGAUGAAAACUCAUUCAGAAAACCCAAAGAGUGCAUUCAUGCCAAAAUUUCAAGAGCCUGCGUGCGCACAGAUCCUUCUGAUAACAGCCUGAUUGUGAGAGAUGGAUAUCAAUGGAGGAAAUAUGGUCAAAAGGUCACAAGAGAUAACCCUUCCCCCAGGGCUUACUUCAAGUGCUCCUUUGCCCCGACUUGUCCGGUGAAGAAAAAGGUGCAAAGAAGUGCUGAAGAUCCAUCCAUCUUGGUUGCAACUUAUGAAGGAGAGCACAACCAUACACACCAUUCUCCGGCUGCAUUAUCAUCGGCCAAUAACAACCCUCGUUCAGCUCCUGUUUCUUCUUCUUUUGCCCCCGCUGUAACCCUGGACUUGAUGAAACCAGCUGGAUCGGAUGGUGAGACCAAAAAACCUACCCAGCAAGUUGAUCAACCGGCGAUUCAACAGAUUUUGGUUCAACAAAUGGCGGCUUCUUUGACUAGGGACCCCAAUUUCACAGCAACACUUGCUGCAUCCAUUUCUGGAAAUUUUGUACACCGAAAGUGGUGAGAUUCAACAAACAUG